AUGGCCGCGGCAUUGGUGGACGGAAGCUACAACGGUAUUCUGAAUGAUGAAAUUGAUGACGCUGAGCAAUCUCACGCACAGAAGUUCAUCAAGAAGCGCUACAUCGACAGAUCGUCCCUGGAAAGUGCAUCCAACUAUAGUCUUGUUGAGAAAGCUCCCGACAUCUCUUCAAGCAGAGCUUGA